AUGGAGGCUAGUCAGGGUCACAGCCAGGGCAGCCCUGAGAGCACUAACCGGGCCGUGGAGUACCUCCUGGAGCUCAACAACAUCAUAGAGAGCCAGCAGAAGCUCCUGGACACCCAGAGGAGAAUAAAGAUCUACGCCUGGACCGCCAGCGACCUUUACCCCCUGAACCCCCACCACCACCUGCCAACAAAACUAGCCACACAGCCAUACCCUCCGUACCAGUUCGCCCGGUUCAGACCAAGUCCUUUAGUAGUACCAGAACCAACACCACAGCCAUACCCUCCGUACCAGUUCGCCCGGUUCAGACCCAGUCCUUUUAUAGUACCAGUACCAACACUACAGCCAUACCGGCCUCCGCACCCCCGGUACCUGUAUGGGAUAAACACACCCCUCAAACCCCCAAGACCCCCCACCGUAUACCCCAAAUCCCAAAACAAACCCCCGUCACCACCCAGACCCCCGCACCCCCAGACCCCUAAACGAACCCCCGUCACCACCCAGACCCCUAAACGAACCCCCCACACCCCGCUGACCCGGACCAUCUCGACCGGAACAGGGACCAGUUUCGUGGAGAUGGAGAAGGAGAGAUUAAACAGGUUGGAGAAAGAGAGGACAGAGAGACUUAAUAGUUCCACCUUGGGGAAUCCCACCAGCCACCCACACAGCCACAGACAGUCAGGCGGACCUCCCAACAAUGAAAGGUCAACACCUUAUUCAACCUGUUGCGCUUCUUCUUCUCGUUCCAAUCCUCCUACCACCACCACCGUCACUACUACUCUUCCUGUUCCUAGUUCUACCUCCUCCCUCCACAGCAGUCUGACAGCUAACAGUCAGUCCAGCUCCACCCACCACCAGUACUGUUGCCCUGCCCGGCUGCUCCUGCCCAAGCCGCCUUGCGCCCUCCCCCCAUCCAGGCACUCCGACCAGGCAAGAGAGGACGAAGACGAUGACAUCGCCCAUCAGUUCUGUUGCCCCGCCUCUGAGUGCAGUAGCCCGUCCUCUAGGUAACCAGCCGAUCACUUGAACCUUCUCGUUUUCUACCCUUGACCUCCAAACAACCUUACGGAGAAAACGCUGAGGGCAACAACUGGACACAACUCGUUGGUCGGGGUUUGGAAAAUAAAUAAACUUUUAAAACGCACAAACCUGGCUGGAGACAAGGCAGGAGCUCAGCUACACUGAACUGUAGUCUGGGACUUGGGGACUGAUCUGGUCUGGACUAUCCCUCGUCUGGACUAUCUCUGGACUGAAUCUUUAUCUGCCAGAUUUUACCUUCCCUGUCCUUACCAGCAUGUCACCCUUACAACCUUGCCUAACUCCGAAUGACACAAGGCAGUCCUGAUCGGUUGACCCCUCAGACUCUGACCGUUGAAGUGUAGCGUAGGCAGUCUGAUCUCUGACCUGGGCAGUGUGUGAAGAGAACUCACCUACGCCGCCGGGCCGGGUCAAUUGAUGACGAGACGAUGGGAAGAAAGAAAAACAACGGAAAAGGAACCCUUCAGAUUCUUUCUGUAGCUCAUAUAUAUCUACUUCCUGUAUACUGCCCUCUAGUGUCUGUAUGCUGUCUCUUUUUACUCCUUUAAAUCUCACUCUUUCUUCUUUACCUCCUUGUGAACCUUCCUCUUCCCCUCUAUCGUUCAGUGAGAGAGGACAUGGUGGGUUUAACUCUAUUCUAACCGUACGGAAAAAUAAUGAGAAAUACAUAAAAUCUUCCUGAUUCAGUGCCAAGAAAAGCUCUUCGUUUUCAACUCCUUAAACUUUAAAAUAUUGUAAUGUUUUGUGAACAGAAGAGUUAUGCUUUAUGAGCAAAAUAUCUGAAGAAAAAUAUUUAUUUAAAUUAAAACAUAUUUUAGUUAGAUUUCCCUUUUCUCAUUAGAGAAAUACCGAAAUGACAUGAUCCUUUAUUAGUUUGCAGCAUAGACACAUAGAAACAUUAUGUCUGCCCCAAACCCAGUAAGACUCGUAAGUCAACUCAUAUUGAGUGUGAAUAGUAAGCUAUUGCAAGGCCAAGGGAUGGGUGGGGAUAGAAACGUUACACAUGGGGUUCAAAUCUAAUCAGAACAGGGUAACCGUGGUAACCACGGUCUCACACUGAUCCUCAUCCAGACAUUCUGUAAAUAUGGAAAUAGGAACAACCAGCGGCAUUAUAGUUCGCUAGGCGCUACUUCCCCCUAUCCCUUACACAGAUACAGGACACUAGCACAGAGUUGGUUAGAUACAGGACACUAGCAUAGAGGUGGUUAGAUACAGGACACUACCAUAGAGGUGGUUAGAUACAGGACACUAGCAUAGAGGUGGUUAGAUACAGGACACUAGCAUAGAGGUGGUUAGAUAAGGACACUAGCAUAGAGGUGGUUAGAUACAGGACACUAGCAUAGAGGUGGUUAGAUAAGGACACUAGCAUAGAGGUGGUUAGAUAAGGACACUAGCAUAGAGGUGGUUAGAUACAGGACACUAGCAUAGAGGUGGUUAGAUAAGGACACUAGCAUAGAGGUGGUUAGAUAAGGACACUAGCAUAGAGGUGGUUAGAUAAGGACACUAGCAUAGAGGUGGUUAGAUACAGGACACUAGCAUAGAGGUGGUUAGAUAAGGACACUAGCAUAGAGGUGGAUAGAUACAGGACAAUACCAUAGAGGUGGUUAGAUAAGGACACUAGCAUAGAGUUGGUUAGAUACAGGACAAUACAAUAGAGGUUGUUAGAUACAGGACACUAGCAUAGAGGUGGUUAGAUACUAGACACUACCAUAGAGGUGGUUAGAUAAGGACACUAGCACAGAGGUGGUUAGAUGAGAAAACACUAGCAUAGAGGUGGUUAGAUAAGGACACUAGCAUAGAGGUGGUUAGAUAAGGACACUAGCAUAGAGUUGGUUAGAUACAGGACACUAGCAUAGAGGUGGUUAGAUACAGGACACUAGCAUAGAGGUGGUUAGAUACAGGACACUACCAUAGAGGUGGUUAGAUACAGGACACUAGCAUAGAGGUGGUUAGAUACAGGACACUAGCAUAGAGGUGGUUAGAUAAGGACACUAGCAUAGAGGUGGUUAGAUACUAGACACUACCAUAGAGGUGGUUAGAUACAGGACACUAGCAUAGAGGUGGUUAGAUAAAGGACACUAGCAUAGAGGUGGUUAGAUAAGGACACUAGCAUAGAGGUGGUUAGAUAAGGACACUAGCAUAGAGGUGGUUAGAUACUAGACACUACCAUAGAGGUGGUUAGAUACAGGACACUAGCAUAGAGGUGGCUAGAUACUAGACACUACCAUAGAGGUGGUUAGAUACAGGUCACUAGCACAGAGUUGGUUAGAUACAGGACACUAGCAUAGAGGUGGUUAGAUACAGGACACUAGCAUAGAGGUGGUUAGAUAAGGACACUAGCAUAGAGGUGGUUAGAUACAGGACACUACCAUAGAGGUGGUUAGAUAAGGACACUAGCAUAGAGUUGGUUAGAUACAGGACAAUACAAUAGAGGUUGUUAGAUACAGGACACUAGCAUAGAGGUGGUUAGAUACUAGACACUACCAUAGAGGUGGUUAGAUAAGGACACUAGCACAGAGGUGGUUAGAUAAGAACACUAGCAUAGAGUUUCUGUACAGCACUUUGAGAUAUCAGCUGAUGUACGAAGGGCUAUAUAAAUAAAUUUGAUUUGAUUUGAUUUGAUUUAGAGGUGGUUAGAUACAGGACACUAGCAUAGAGGUUGUUAGAUACAGGACAAUAGCAUAGAGGUGGUUAGAUACAGGACACUAGCAUAGAGGUGGUUAGAUACAGGACACUAGCAUAGAGGUGGUUAGAUAAGGACACUAGCAUAGAGGUUGUUAGAUACAGGACACUAGCAUAGAGGUGGUUAGAUAAGGACACUAGCAUAGAGGUUGUUAGAUAAAGGACACUAGCAUAGAGGUGGUUAGAUAAGGACACUACCAUAGAGGUGGUUAGAUACAGGACACUAGCAUAGAGGUGGUUAGAUAAGGACACUAGCAUAGAGGUGGAUAGAUACAGGACACUAGCAUAGAGGUGGUUAGAUACAGGACACUAGCAUAGAGGUUGUUAGAUACAGGACACUAGCAUAGAGGUGGUUAGAUACUAGACACUACCAUAGAGGUGGUUAGAUACUAGACACUACCAUAGAGGUGGUUAGAUAAGGACACUAGCAUAGUGGUUGUUAGAUACAGGACACUAGCACAGAGGUGGUUAGAUGAAGGACACUAGCAUAGAGGUGGUUAGAUACAGGACACUAGCAUAGAGGUGGUUAGAUAAGGACACUAGCAUAGAGGUGGUUAGAUAAGGACACUAGCAUAGAGGUGGUUAGAUACAGGACACUAGCAUAGAGGUGGUUAGAUAAGGACACUAGCAUAGAGGUGGUUAGAUAAGGACACUAGCAUAGAGGUGGUUAGAUACAGGACACUAGCAUAGAGGUGGUUAGAUAAGGACACUAGCAUAGAGGUGGUUAGAUAAGGACACUAGCAUAGAGGUGGUUAGAUAAGGACACUAGCAUAGAGGUGGUUAGAUACAGGACAAUACCAUAGAGGUGGUUAGAUACAGGACACUAGCAUAGAGGUGGUUAGAUAAGGACACUAGCAUAGAGGUGUUUAGAUACAGGACACUAGCAUAGAGGUGGUUAGAUAAAGGACACUACCAUAGAGGUGGUUAGAUAAGGACACUAGCAUAGAGGUGGUUAGAUAAAGGACACUACCAUAGAGGUGGUUAGAUAAGGACACUACCAUAGAGGUGGUUAGAUAAGGACACUAGCAUAGAGGUGGAUAGAUACGUGACAAUACCAUAGAGGUGGUUAGAUACUGGACACUAGCAUAGAGGUGGAUAGAUACAGGACACUAGCAUAGAGGUGGAUAGAUACAGGACAAUACCAUAGAGGUUGUUAGAUACAGGACACUAGCAUAGAGGUGGUUAGAUAAGGACACUACCAUAGAGGUGGUUAGAUACAGGAAACUACCAUAGAGGUGGUUCGAUACUGGACACUAGCACAGAGGUGGUUAGAUACAGGACACUAGCAUAGAGGUGGUUAGAUACAGGACACUAGCAUAGAGGUGGUUAGAUAAGGACACUAGCAUAGAGGUGGUUAGAUAAGGACACUAGCAUAGAGGUGGUUAGAUGAGGACACUAGCAUAGAGGUGGUUAGAUACUGGACAAUACCAUAGAGGUGGUUAGAUACUGGACAAUACCAUAGAGGUGGUUAGAUACAGGACAAUACCAUAGAGGUGGUUAGAUACUGGACAAUACCAUAGAGGUGGUUAGAUACUGGACAAUACCAUAGAGGUGGUUAGAUACUGGACAAUACCAUAGAGGUGGUUAGAGUCCAGUUGGCCCGUAACUUGUCUCUAAAGACAACUACAACCUUUGAUGUACAGCAAUGAUAUUAUUCACUGUCGGCGUAUAUGACCACAUCAUGUUUCUUUGUCAUUGUAUUCUUAGAAAUAACUCAAGGAGAUGUAACAUAUUAUUGAAUAGUGAAACCUACUUCUGUGUUGUACAGAUACAUUAGGCUACACAGACUCUGCACUACAGUCCCAGGAACAGGACGUGAACUAUCCAAACCUCUGGUUGUGUAACAUUACAUAGUGACAUUACUUAGCAUUAGUUAGUGCAGUAAGUAGUUCCUUAACCAGACACCAGCCUGGUUAACUUAGUUAGUGUAGUGGAGCGUAGUGUAAAGGUCUAUGUCCCAAAUUUCACCCUAUAUUCCCUAUAUGCAGUACUCUAUGGGUUCUGGUCAAAAGCAGUGCACUGUAUAGACGAUAGGGUGCCAUUUGGGAUGCACAUUAAGGGAUCUCUAGCUUCCUUUUCUCCCUUUUGUUCUUAAGUAGAGUGCAGUAGUGUUAUUCACUAUGGUAAUCAGUCAGUCAGUGCGUUGUCUUGUUUGCUCAUCACGUCAUGAUCAGUCCCUGGAUGUGGACUUCUUGCAGGUACUAUGGACGGAGAUUCGCAGUGUUCACAGUUGAGUUGCAAAAUUCAGGUUAACUUUUCCAAAAUUCCCAGGUUUUCCUGAAAUGCCAUUUGGAGGAUUCCCAGAUUUCCCUUCUGAAUCGAGGAAUAUUCAAACCAGGACCAAUCCGACCCAAAAAUAUUUUGCUGUGCGACCAGGAGUUUGAUUUUUGUGAGCACUGUUCGACUCGGAAAAAAAAAUCUCCCGGGUUAAUACUUGGUUGUACCGUUGUUUCCCAGUGCCCUAGAGAAUAUAUAAUAAUAAUAUAUAAUAAUAUAUGCCAUUUAGCAGACGCUUUUAUCCAAAGCGACUUACAGUCAUGUGUGCAUACAUUCUACGUAUGGGUGGUCCCGGGGAUCGAACCCACUACCCUGGUGUUACAAGCGCCAUGCUCUACCAACUGAGCUACAGAAGUUAAGAAUCAAGUGAGUGCAGAUUUGGUUAAUGUCAUGGUUACACCAUCACUACAGAGAAAUCACGGUUUGCCAAACUAGAUCAAAAGAUCCGACCCAUGUUACCGACGCAGCAUUUCAUCUUCCUAUAAUGACGGGUUGGCUGACAACGUCACGGAAACUAUGCGCACGCUUCAAUGGGGUGGAAGUCUUGUGUCUUGUUAGGAUUCUGGAUGGACAGAUAGCUAGCAACAAUGAUAAGAAACUGUCAUGUGGGGAAUCAUAAAUGUCUUAUUUUGAGAUGUUUUGACUAAUUGCAUGUCAAUGUUAAUAUGGCUCAAAUUCGCUAAGGUUGCUAACCAACAACCGAUAAUAAACCUUGUCGUGGGUCGUUGUAAAACGAACCGCUCGUCGACAUCGUUAACCAUUUGUUUACAUUUUGUUCAGUCAUUGGCUAGCAAGCUAACGACCCGGUGACUUCACCGGUAUAUCAAAACAUUUGGGGGAACAGAAAUAAAAUAAAAAGGGAUAGCUUCUUCCGUAGAUCAAUGGAUGAUAGCGAUGAAAGAUGCUGUGUUGACCUGCUUGUCGAAACUAGACAACUCAAGAGAUGUCCGACCGGAAACCAAAUUCAGAGUUUUAUUUGUUCCGACUGGCGUGUCAACUUGGUUUCUAUGGCAGCCAUCUUGCAUCGCAAACCUGACUUUUUUUUUAAAGAGACAGUGUACCAAUUAUAUGCAAUGCAUCUCAAUUAGAGAAAUACCUAAUAUUCCACAAAUUACUUUGUAAUUUCAAUGACAGGUAUUUGUAUCGACGCCUUAGCUUUUAUAAGAAGUUAAGAUCUUUACAGUAUGACAUAUUUGUUUCUAGGGUACAUAUAGGCCCAAUAAGGCUGCAUCUCAAUUUCUGGUGCUCCUAACUUUCAUGUUGUGCUCCUAACUUUUAAAAGUUAGGAGCACCAGUGCUUAAAAAAAAAGAAGAAAUGUUUUAAUUUAGUGCCCUGAUUCCAGCUGGAACUGCGUACUCUUAUCACACCUGUUUCUGGUUGCUGUCAUGGCAACCACUGUAUCACACCUGUCUUCUGUUACCAAGGGGAUGGAAGUGAAGAGAAAGGGCUUGUCAAUGUCCGCGCCACCUCAUAAAUCUAAUUAGCAUAAUAUAAAUAUCCCAAUUAAAAUCAGCACAUCUGCCUCUGUCGCACUUCCUCAUCUGCUGUGCAAGGUGACAGAGCUAGAGCAGUGUUGGUCAGACAAGGAGACAUCCCAUCUGAGGUGAAAG